AUGUCACGUCAAAAAUGUAUGACGUGUGGUAUUGGACUACAAUUCACUGAUAAGGACAAAGUUGGGUUUUGUAAGGUGCCAGAAUUCAAAAGCUGGAAUCUUCAAACCAGAAGCAAAGAUGUUGAAUAUUACAAGGCAUAUUCAAAGCUAGAUGACGAAGGGAAAAAAAUAUUGGAAGAAGGAAUGGAAAAGUUGAAUAGCAAUUUAACCAAAGAGAGAAUAUUAAAUGAAAAAAAAGAGAGAGGUGUCAAAAUUACAGAAGAAGGUAUACCUUUGAGUUGUGUGAGGUGUUAUGAUGCUGUGCACCAUUCUAAGUUUGACCUUCCAGAAAAUAGAAUUUCAAAUUAUGAAAGAGUCAUGGAUUCUAUUCCAGAAAAUGCCGCUUUGGUUCAUGUUUCAUCAGCUUAUGAUUUCCCGUUAGGUUUAAUGAAAGUCAAAAAAGGAAAUCGUGCCAUUCAUGUCGUCAAUAAAGCUGAUUUGUUAUUUUCAAACUUCAAGGCCCCAAAUAGGUAUGGUAUUCAGUAUUUCGCGGAUGUGGUUGAAAGGUUAACUGGCUCUAAGUCAACUCAUCUCGUGUGUUCCAAUAAUCAAUGGAAUAUAGCGGAUUUAUUGGAUGCUCUACCACGUCUAUCAUAUUUGGUUGGUUAUGUCAACACUGGGAAAACACUAUUGGCAAAUAAACUAAGGAAUAGGGCUCUCAGUAAUGUUAAUGAUCAGCACAAAUGGGAGCCUGCUCAAGGUUCUUCAUUCCUCCCUGGUCUAACAAGAGGAAAUAUAGAGGUUGAUUUAGCAGGUAAAAGAACUUUUGAUACCCCAGGAGUUUUACCUGCAAAAACCACUUAUGAUGCUAUUAAACCAGAUUAUGUGAAGUCUGCAAUGACAGGUGUGCCCUUGUAUUCUGUUAGAAUAAAAGAAGCAAGAUACCGUUCGGUUCACGGUGGUCAAUGUUAUACUGCUGGUGGUAUUGCCUAUGUUAUUCCCCCUGAAGGAACUUUGUUGCAAAUUGUUUCUGUAACUAAAGGUAACCCACAUGCGUUCAGAGACUUGGAAAAAGCCAAGGAAGUCAUUGCUAAGCAGCCAAAGUCCUUCCAAGGGAUUUGCGUCAAGCCAGAAACAACUAAGAAUCUUGUUAGAUAUGUUAUUCCGCCUUUCUAUGGGAAAAUUGAUCUGGUUAUAAAAGACUACGGAUAUUUUCAAAUAACCCCAAUCGGUAGAUAUGAUGACACUUGUGACCUGUUUGAAGUUUGGGCUCCUGAAGGUGUUGUUGUAGGUGUCCGUCAAGCAAUUGCCAGUUUUGUAACCAAGUCUGUACCACUGGACAAAAAAGGUAAAAAAAUGAAAAAAUGGGCAAAAAAUAGAGCUCAAAGAGUCAUAACAAGGGAUCUUCCAACUAAUGAAAAGCUUUUCACUCGUCUGUAUAGGGUUCCUGUUGAUUGCGAGGACACUUGGGCUGAAAUGAAGCUUCAAUAUGAAAAACAUCUAGAUGAAGAAGGCAGUACUUGGUUCAACGGAAACAAAUGUAAAGGAAUUGAAUCACAAAAGACCAAAUAUUGGAUUGAAAAGAUCUAUGAUUGA